UUAUAUCCUUCCAAUAAACUUUCCAAUUUGGCAUGCCAUCUAUCGAUUUCACAAGGUCGACGCAUUGUGUUUCGAAAAAUAUGAAUUUAACUAUAUUGGUUUAGUAUUGUCAAUUUGUUAGACACGACAAGUUUCAACUCGUACCCAUUACUCGUUCUACUAAUAAAAAUUUAUACCUAUCGAUCAUGAAAUAUUGGCUUGCUAAUAUUACUUAAUGAUUUCUUUCGAUUUUCUUAUUCGAACGAAAGUUCAUCGAAUAAAUUUCUAUCAUCGAUCAACCAAAAGAAUGACAUUCAAAUUGAAUCAAUUUACAUGUACCUCAAAUUAUCAAUCGUUUGAAACUCCAAUUGACUUUCGCCUUCUUUAGUGGAAUCAAAUCCGCACUUAGGAAAGGGAAAAAAAAAACAAGUGGGCAAGAAGUUUCCAAGAAACGCAUUGGCGCCGUUGAAUUAGCGGUCUUGCUCUUGCAUCACAAAAUAUGACCAUACAAAAGGGGACAUAAUCGUAAACUCACCGGGGGAGAAAACCCAAUCUCUUCCCUUCCCGCAGGCGGCCAAAAACCGGGGGAAAACUCAAACCAUUGUUCCUUUCUGCAAACGAGGAAAAAAAGAUAACUUUUUUUUUUUAUCUGCGAGCCAUUGAAAUAUCUCUUUCUGCCUCUCCUUCCCCUUUCCAUAAGAAGUUAAGAACCCACAAAGAAAUAGAUCCCUAAUUUGACGAAAAAAAAUCAUGCCUUCCAAUCCAGAUCACCCGCCGCCGGCGGCGGCAGCGACGGGGGCAAGCACCGUCCACCCACCACCGCCGAAGCCGAACCCAAAGCUCCUCUCUUUACUCCUCAAGGCCCUGAUUAUGAUCUUCAUCACGACCCUCUUCUUCCUCUUCCUCGGCGUCGCGGCAAUCCUCCUCCUCCUCGCCACCGCCGCGCUCCACCGCCAUUCCAAUCCGGCCAACAGCAACAACCCAUCCACCGCCACCGCGAAUGGGAUCUCCUUGCGCGACCUGAAGCGGCGGCUCCCCCAAUUCAGAUUCUCGCGGAGGAUGCAAGGAGGCGAGACCGACGAAUGCGUGGUGUGUUUGGAUUCGAUUAAGCAGGGGCAAUGGUGCAGGAAGCUACCCGGUUGUGGGCAUUUGUUCCACCGGCGGUGCGUGGAUCCGUGGCUGGUGAAGGUGCCGGCUUGCCCGAUUUGCCGAGCUAGGGUUCAGCUGGUGGAGGAAGAAAGGAGUGGCUCUUGGGGUUUCGAUUGGAGGAACGAUUUCAGGGUCUGGUAGAAAGAAACGUUUUUUUCCCCACCUCGUAAGUCUCAACAAUUUUGGUUAAAGUGUUCUUCUUUUGGUUACAGUGUUCUUCUUUCUUCUUCUUCAAGUUCCUGGAAUUCCCCUGUAUAUUACAACUAUGGUCGCCUCUUAUGGUAAUGGGAUGAUGAUUUUCGGUUCCACUCGAGUUCACUGUUUGAUUAAGUGGUGAGAUUCUUGAAUUUUAUGUUCCUAUCCCAACCAAUCAUGGAUUGCAGGUCAUGAUUAAGAUUUUAGAUUUGCAGAUCAUGGCCAUUUUGUUUAGUGGGAUUGAACAGGAUUCAGAUUGCAGGUUUCGAAAGGGGCCGCGGUAUCUAGCUGAGAGUCCUCUGCUGGAAAGGGUAUGAAGGUUCAUCCUUCUUGAAAUUCGGAUUAUUGGGAUGAAUUGGUUCUUGUACGAAUGUCUCGUUCUUGCCUGGAAGCGAUCCUAGGGAUUGAAAUAUGGUUGUUUUUGCUAAGUUUCAGCCUUCCAUGAAGAACAACCAGAAUGGAUGUAGAUAGAGAUCAUAGAUAAGUCUGUUCCUUGGGGCCUCAUUUUCUCAGUUAGUGCAGUAGAAUGUGGUUGGUUAAGCUUUUGAUAGCUAUGGAGUUACCAUAAGAAGCAAUAGAGUACUUAGAUUUGA